GGGGGGAGGGGCGGGGGGAGCGUGUGGGGGGGGGAGAGGGGCGGGGCUGCGCGGUUCCCUGGCAGCGGCGCCGCGGCGCGGGAGCGAAGGUUUAAGCACAGAGCCGACACCGUUUGCGGCCACCGCCAACAUGGACUUCGGACGCAUUAGCGUGGGAAGCUACGUGGAGAUCCAGCGCAGCGACGGAAGAGUUCAUCAGGCCAUGGUGACAGCACUGAAUGAGGACAGUGAAAGUGUGACGGUGGAGUGGUUUGAGAAUGGGGAGACGAAGGGGAAAGAGAUCGACCUGGAGAGUAUUUUCUCUCUGAACCCCGAGCUGACGUCAGUGAGCUCGGACGCCGGUUCCGAGCCGGACCCCGAGAUGCCGCCACCCGCCACGCCUUCUGUGAAGGCUGGGAGACCCGGGAAGACCCGGCGUACCAUGAUCCCCCUUCGGAAUGAAGUCCCUGUUAAGGAGAGUAGAAUCUCAGCACUACCGGUGCGCAGGCGGCCCAGCACAGUGAUGGAGCAGGGGGUGUCAGCGCCACAGAAUGGCAACCACGGGGAAGGCUCUCCCGCCGGCGCCGGCCAGCUCGGCAAGAAAGAGUUACCGGGACAGCAGCAGCAACCUCGCAGAAAGUCCAACUGCGUAAAGGAGGUGGAGAAGAUGAGGCGGAACCGCGAGGAGCGGCGGGCGCAGCACCAGGAGAUCCGGGAGAAACGGGCACAGGACUACGACGUGAGCUACCCCAACUGGGAGUUCUUGGUGAUGAUUAAGGAAUUCCGAUCGAGCCUCGACUACCAGCCGCUGUGUCUCAGCGACUCUAUAGAGGAAAGCCGGAUAUGCGUCUGUGUCAGAAAGAGACCACUGAACAAGAAAGAGCUGGGCCGGAAGGAGAUCGACGUCAUCACCGUCCCUAGCAAGGACAUCGUGAUGGUGCACGAGCCCAAGCUCAAGGUGGACCUCACCAAGUACCUGGAGAACCAGACGUUCCGCUUUGACUACGCUUUCGACGAGACCACCACCAACGAGAUGGUCUACAGAUUCACGGCCCGUCCUCUGGUGGAGACGAUCUUUGAGAAGGGGAUGGCCACGUGCUUUGCGUACGGACAGACAGGAAGUGGGAAAACCCAUACCAUGGGCGGUGUGUUCUCUGGGAAGACUCAGGACUGCGCUAAAGGCAUUUAUGCCCUAGCAGCGCGGGAUGUGUUCCAGUUUUUAAAGCAGCCUCGCUACCGGCAGUUAAACCUCCAAGUGAACGCAACCUUCUUUGAGAUCUACAGCGGAAAGGUGUUUGACCUGCUCAACAGGAAGGCGAAGCUGCGCGUGCUGGAGGACGGGCGGCAGCAGGUGCAAGUGGUGGGGCUGCAGGAGAAGGAGGUGUCCAAUGUGGAGGAGGUGCUGCGGCUCAUCGAGAUGGGCAACAACUGCAGAACGUCUGGGCAGACGUCGGCGAACGCGCAAUCGUCGCGCUCGCACGCCGUCUUCCAGCUCAUCCUGCGGCGUGCGGGACGCAUGCACGGCAAGUUCUCGCUCAUCGACCUGGCCGGCAACGAGCGCGGCGCCGACACGGCCAGCGCCGAUCGGCAGACGCGACUGGAGGGCGCCGAGAUCAACAAGAGCCUGCUGGCGCUCAAGGAGUGCAUACGUGCCCUCGGCCAGAACAAGCCGCACACGCCGUUUCGCGCCAGCAAGCUGACGCAGGUGCUGCGGGACUCCUUCAUCGGCGAGAACUCCCGCACGUGCAUGAUCGCCAUGAUUUCCCCAGGGAUGAGCUCCUGCGAGCACACUCUCAACACGCUCCGAUACGCUGACAGGGUGAAGGAACUGGGGGUGGACCCUUCGGUGCCAGGCGUGGGCGGUGCCCACAGCCCCGGCGACGCUCCCAGCGUGUCGGCGCCCAGGAGCGUGGGCGCGUCGCCCGGUCGCGACGACCUCAAGAUCCUGUGCGAGCAGAACGAGGAGGAGGUGUCCCCCCAGCUCUUCACGUUCCACGAGGCGGUGUCGCACCUGGUGGAGAUGGAGGAGGAGCUUGUGGAGGAUCACAAGGCUGCCUUCGAGGAAUCGAUCCAGUGGCUGGAGGAGGAGAAGACGUUGCUGGAGAUGACAGAGGAGGUGGACUACGACGUCGACGCGUACGCCUCCCAGCUGGAGCUCAUCCUCACUCAGAAGCUCGAACUCUUCUCCACCAUGCAGGAGAAGGUGAAAGCCUUCCGGGCCGCGCUGCAGGACGAGGAGCAGGCGAGCCGGCAGAUCGGAGGCCAGCGGCGGCCCCAGGCGUGAUCUGCCCCACCCCGAACCACCCGUCGGCGCCGCCCCGGAAGGCCUCCAGGGUCAGAUGGACUCUUUGUCCUCUCGUCGGCAGCAUCAGCAUUUUAUUUUUGGAAUAACUGCAAGUUGAGCGACGAGAAACACUUCAUCGAUCGGCAUCUUCGUUGUUCAAUUAUUUUUUUUUAUCAAGGUCGAUGAAAACAUUACCCGACGUCGACCAACUGGAUUUACUUGUCUGCGUGUUGCUGCGUGAUUUUAGUGCCACGUGUUGUUUUUUUUUUGACAA